AAGAAAGAAAGUUGGUCCAUGGGCUGCAGAAUGGAUGUGGUGUCAGCAGGCAUGCAAACAACGUUCAUCUCACUGCACGUCACCAUCAGAGCUCUUGGGUGACCAUGUGCAUUGUCAACGAGCAGUAAGACUUUGAAAGGAAUCUUUUUUCCUGAGCAGUAAGUCUCAACAGUAGGCUUAAAAUAGUCUGUAAACCAUGUUGCAAACUGAUGUGCUGUCAUCAGGCUUUGUUGUUCCAUUUCUAGAGCACAGGCAGAGUCGAUUUAGCAUAAUUCUUAAGGGCCCUAGGAUUUUCCAAAUGGUAAAUGAGCAUCGGCUUCAACUUAGUCACCAGCUGCAUUUAGCCCGCAACAGGAGUCAGCCAGUCCUUUGAAGCUUUGAAGCCAGGCAUUGACUUCUCUCUAUGAAAGUCCUGGAUGGCAUCUUUUUCCAAUAGAAGGCCUACAUUGAAAAUCUGUUGUGUAGCCAUCUUCAUGAAUUAUCUCAGCUACAUCUUCUGGAUCCCUUGUUGUGGCUUCUACAUCAGCACCUGCUGCUUCACCUUGCACUUUUAGGUUAUGAAGUUGGCUUCUUUCCUUAAACCUCAUGAGCCAACCUCAGCCGGCUUCAGACUUGCCUUCUGCAGCUUCCCCACUUCUCUAAGCCUUCACAGAAUUGAAGAGAGUUAGGGCCUUGCUCUGGACUAGGCUUUGGCUUAAAGGAGUAUGGUGGUUUGAUCUAGCAAGACCACUCAGACUUAGUCCACAUCAGCAGUAAGGCGGGUUCGCUUUCUUAUCACCCGUGUUUGUUCACUGGACUAGCACUUUAAUUUCCUUCAAGAACUUUCUUUGCCUUCACAGCUUCGCUAAGUGUUCGGCACAAGAGGCGUAGCUUUCAGCCUAUCUUGGUUUUGGGCAUGCCUUCCUAAAUGUAAGUCAUUUAUAGCUUUUGAUAUAAAGUGAGAGGUGUGUGACUCUUCCUUUUACUUGAGCACGUAGAGGCCAUUGUAGGGUUCUCAUUUGGCCUAAUUUCAACACUGUUGUGUCUCAGGGAACAGGGAGGCCCAAGGAGAGGGGAGAGGGCAGUGGCUGGGCAGUGGACACACGCAGCACUGAUGAAGUUCGCCGGCUUACAUGGGCGGUUUGUGGCGCCCCAAAGCGGUCACGUAGUAACGUUAGGAAUCGCUAAUCACAGAUCACCACAACACAUAAAAUAGUUAAAAAAUCUGAAAUAUUAUGAGAAUUACCAAAAUGUGACACAGAGACACAGCACUGCUCAAUGCUGUUGGAAAAUGGCACCAAUAGACUUGCUUAUUAGUGCAGGGCUGCCACAGUUCAAUUCGUAAAAAACACAGUAUCUGUGAAGUGUAGUAAAGCUAAGAACACAAAAGGAGGUAUGCCUUUAUUUAUCUUUUAAGCUCGGUGUGUUUUAUUUGAUAAAUCCUUCAGCACCCCGCCCCCCAUGAGAUGGUAGAGUAGAAUACCUCUCCCGGAUCAGGAGCAGAGCUUAUUUCAUGAACGUCAUGGGUUUCAGCCAUGUGACAGCCACUUGGGCAGGUGGGCAUGGCCAUGGACGGGCUCGUGGUCAACUGCACCCCAUGCACUAGAGGAGGCGGACGGGAGGGUGAGCACUGGGUACCUUGCUGGCCUCAGGAGCAGGUAGGAGAUGGCAUGGGGUGAGAACUUUGAUGUUGCCGACUCCACUGGCUCUUGGGAGGGAGAGGCCCAGAGUGGGCUGGAACAGGGAGAAGGGCAGAGGUCUGACAAGUGGCUCGUUUUGCAGAUCCGGAACAUGGUGGCGGUGCUGGAAGUCAUCUCCAGCCUGGAGAAAUACCCCAUUACCAAAGAGGCACUGGAGGAAACUCGACUUGGGAAGCUCAUCAACGACGUCCGCAAGAAAACGAAGAACGAGGAGCUCGCCAAGCGGGCCAAGAAGCUGCUGCGCAGCUGGCAGAAGCUCAUCGAGCCCGUGCACCAGAAUGAGGCGGCGCUGCGAGGGCUGGCGGGCAGCACCGGCUCUGCCAACGGGGGCGCUCACAACUGCCGGCCGGAGGGGGGAGCGGCCGGCGCGCCCAAGAGCAUCCAUGAGCUGAAGAACCGCAAUGACAUCCAGAGGCUGCCUGGACAGCGGCUGGACAGGCUGGGUAGCCGCAAGCGCCGGGGAGAUCAGCGUGACCUCGGCCACCCUGGGCCACCUCCCAAGGUCUCCAAAGCCAGCCAUGACUCCCUGGUACCCAACUCAUCCCCCCUCCCCACCAACGGGAUCGGCGGGAGCCCCGAGAGCUUCCCUGGCGCCCUGGACGGCAGCGGGCACGUGGGCCCCGAGGGCAGCCGCCUGGAGCACGGCGACAGCGACAAGCACAGCGGCAAGAUUCCCGUGAAUGCUGUGCGGCCGCACACCAGCUCCCCGGGCCUGGGCAAGCCCCCGGGCCCCUGCUUGCAGACAAAGGCUGCGGUGCUACAGCAGCUGGACCGGGUGGACGAGACUCCGGGGCCCCCCCACCCCAAGGGGCCGCCUCGCUGCUCUCUCAGUCCCCGGAACUCACGGCACGAGGGCUCCUUUGCCCGGCAGCGGAGCCCGUACACCCCCAAGGGCUCCCUGGCCAGCCCCUCUCCACGGCCCCAGGCGCUUGAGGCCACGCAGGUGCCAUCGCCGCUUCCCCCGGCUCGGCCGUCCACACCACCCGUCAGGCGGCUCGAGCUGCUGCCCAGUGCCGAGAGCCCGGUGCGCUGGCUGGAGCAGCCUGAGGGCCACCAGCGGCUGGCAGGGCAGGGCUGCAAGGGGGGGCUGCCCCCGGCCGAGCCCCUCCUUCCCCGGGCGGGCUUUUCCCCGGACUCCUCCAAGGCGGACAGCGACGCCGCCUCGUCUGGUGGCUCGGACAGCAAAAAGAAGAAGAGGUACCGGCCUCGUGACUACACGGUGAACUUGGAUGGGCAGGUGGCGGAGGCGGGUGUCAAGCCCGUCCGGUUAAAAGAGCGGAAGCUCACCUUUGACCCCAUGACCAGACAGAUCAAACCUCUGACCCAGAAAGAGCCAGUGCGGGCUGAUAGCCCCGUGCACACAGAGCAGCCCAGGACAGAGCUGGACAAGCCCGAGGCCAAGGCCAGCGUGCAGAGCCCUUUUGAACAGACGAACUGGAAGGAGCUGUCGCGCAACGAGAUCAUCCAGUCCUACCUGAGCCGGCAGAGCAGCCUGCUCUCGUCGUCAGGCGCCCAGACCCCAGGGGCUCACCACUUCAUGUCUGAGUACCUGAAGCAGGAGGAGAGCACCCGGCGCGGGGCCCGGAAGCCGCACGUGCUGGUGCCUCACAGCGCGCCCUCGGACCUCCCGGGGCUGAACCGCGAGGUCACGCAGGACGACCUGGACAGAAUCCAGGCCCACCAGUGGCCAGGGGUGAACGGGUGUCAGGACACACAGGGUAACUGGUAUGACUGGACGCAGUGCAUAUCGCUCGACCCGCAUGGGGACGACGGGCGGUUGAACAUUCUGCCUUAUGUCUGCUUGGACUGAGCAGCCUGUCGGCCUCUAAGUGCAUUCCCACCUUGCAGUUGGCAUGGCAGGCGGGCAGCCUCCGGCGGUUGGGAAUCCGGGGAGCCCGGCCCGGCCCGGGAGGGAGGGGGCGGGAGUCUCGAGGCCUCUCCGUGCUCUUCCCUCAAAAUUCUCCUUCUUUUGUGAAAUGCUGCUACCAGUUUACUAACAAAAUUGCAAAGGAAGGACCGUGUGGAAGGAAGGCCGGCACAGUGAGUUCAGAACUCUAUAGCAAACCAGCUAUAAAAAGCGUUAGUUCCCCACCCCGGAAGAGGUGCGGACAUUUCCCAGCACCCGUGAGCUGGGACCUCAGUGGCAGGCAGGCACAGACAACCUGGGGGAGAGGUUACCUUUAAACAGCAACAGAAGCACGCAGUUCAUCUCUCUGCAUUUUCCUUGUUUAAAUUUGGCCCUGAGUGUCUGAGGCAGGGGCUGUGCCCACACUGCGGCCUCUGCGCGCACCCCGGCUGGCCAGCCAGUACGCCCUGCGCUCCGUGGGCAUCCACACGUUCUCAUCUGGUUUCGGUUAAAACCCAGUUUUGAAAAAAAUGCUGCAAAAAUCUAAGUUUUCUAGUUUAUUUUAUCCCCCUCUUCCAUUGACUACCAGCCAAAUAAUUUUCCUUUCUCCCUUUUCAAAGUUUCCCCCUCUCCUUCCUGCGCAUAUCUUGAAAAUCUCACCUUUCUAGAGUCCCCUCCCAAAAAAACACAAAAGUAACCGCGGGUGCUACUGGUGUGUAAGCUGUAUUGUUGGGCAAGAGGAGACCUGUCUGUACGCUGGAAACACUCAUAACCAUUCCUUUAGAUUCGUUUGCCUUAUGGUUAUUUGUCAUAAACGCGAUCUGCAAAAACAAGGAGCCUUAGUGAAUGUACAGUACCUAGACUUCUGUGUUCUCAAGACGCAGAAGGGAGCAACUUUGCUAUUUGGUCCAGUAAGUGGACACCUUGUGAUAUAAAUGUGGAAAUAAAAAAAAAAAAAAAACCAUUUGCACAAA